GCGCACGCCCCCGUCAUCAACGUGUAACUCACGAGCACUUGCAUCGUUUUUGACCGCACUCGGCGAAACGCUCCCACUGGUUCACGCGUCGAAGGAAUCGUUGCAAAUUCCACGCGUUCGCUAGCACACAGCUCAAAAAUACAGCAAAAACCAUCAUUGUACUGCAUCCCUGAACAUAAUGCAGCUCAAAGCCAUCAAUGGCAUCAUCGCAUUGGCAUGCGCCACCAAAGCGCUGCAGCGGCCACGCGUCAUCAUUGCGCCCGCGCAAUUCGGCGUGCCGAAGGAUUACGACGACCUGAGCGCGUUGCUCCGGCAGCGCGGCCACACCGUCGCGUGCGCGCCGCUGAGUCGACUCUCGUGGCUGCGAAUCGUGCCAUCGGUUUUCACCGAAGCGUUUUUCAAGGGCGAGCUCAAGCCGCAGGGCACCCUGGACUUCUUCUUCGAGGCGCUCGACGCGGCCGUCGCGGACGUGGGGCCGGACGAAGACAUAGCAAUCCUAGGCCACAGCAUCGGCGGCUGGGUGGCCCGCGCGUGGGUCGUCGACCGGGGCGAGCAGCGCGUCAAGCGCUUCGUGACGCUGGGCACGCCGCACAACGAGCCCCCGGAGGGCCUGUUCUCGAACAUCGACCAGACGAGAGGUUUACUGAAAUACGUCCGCGCGAACUGCCCGCCGGACGCGUCCAUUUUCACGUGCGUCGCGGGCACGGCCACGUCGACCGCCGCGCUCGGCGACGUCUUCAAGCUCGAUGCGUGGGACGAAGAGUUGAGGCGGAGCCCGCUGCUCGAGGCGCUGGUCUCGUUGCCGUCCUACCUGGCGCUCUCCGGGAAGAACCCGUUCGGCGUCAAGGGCGACGGCCUCAUCCCCGUGGCGACGGCCAGUGCGGAAAUCAACUAGUGCGUCAGGCCGGCCUGGAGGUAUUAUUUGCUAUUCUGGCCGCCUCGACGCAGCGCGAGAGUGCUUGGCGUCCUCGCACGAGGCGUCUUGGGCUUACUCGCCCGAACGUUUGAUUUCCGCACAGGCGACGGCCUGCCUCGCGGACUGCCCGUCCAUCGAGGUCGACUGCCACCACAGCGACUUCGUCCCGACGGCGCUGGACUCGAUCCGCCUGCCGGAGACGUACCCCUGGUACGGGUCGCCCGCGGUCUUCGAGGCCUGGGCCGACGCCCUAAGCAUCAACUAG